AGGCAUUUGCUGUGAGAGGUCGUAAUUCAUAUCUGACAGAGUUGUAACUUAUUGGCCGGUUCUGUUUACCAACUACCUACCAGCAUUAAUACAUUCAUUGGCCCGAGAUCUAUGAAUAAAAUCGCAUUUUAUUGAAAAGCGUUGUAGUAUCAUUCACUCAGAAUUGCAUGUAGGCUGGGUUGGAAGUACAGCAUUUGUGUUAUACGACUCAACAUCCAGAGUUUGAGCUUGGAAAGUAUUCCCACGGGCUUGGGUGCUUCAUAGAUUCAACAUUAAUUAGCCAAGCCGUCUUUAAUUGUCAUGUAAAUCUUCAAAUCCAGAGGAGGAUCCCAUACCCGUUUCUUUUUUAUUUCCGUUAUUACGGCUGGAUUUUAGCCCUGGUUUUCUCUCCAUCACCUGUCAGGGGAAAACCAAUUUGAAUUGAUCUAAUUCGAAGAGUUCCAGAGCUACCAUUAUAAAAUAACAGCGAAGAUGAUGGAAAUUUAAAAGGAUUUGAAGUGAUAAACUAGCGAGCAGGAAUCCAUUAAGAUGGCUCUGCAACUCGUAGCAAAAUGCGCCAAGAACUUGCCGAAUCUCGACGUAAUUGGGAAAAUAGAUCCGUAUUUGGUGGCAAAUUUCCAAGGUGUAAAACGAGAGACGCAUCACGUGAAAAGUGAUUUAAAUCCGACAUGGGACAAGGCACUGGACUGGGACCUGGGUACAAAACCCCUUGAAAUCGGAGAUUUUAUCGAAAUAGAUGUCAAAGAUUGGGAGAGAGUUGGCAGGCAUCGCUUGGUAGGAUGUUGCAAGGUGUCGUUGAAGGACGUCAUUCGAUCGAAAACCAAAGAGACAGAGUGCACCGUUCAGCUUAAAGACUGCUCAGAUAGACUGACGACGGGUGAGAUUGAACUGGUUCUAAAAUACCGGGAUCCGACUUCUGGCCAAGCAGCAACAACAGGAGUCACAGGUCAAGACGAAGCUGAUACUUGCCCCAAAGCUCCCGAUCCUUUGCCAGUCAACGUCAACGCUGGAAUGCCCGGAGCCCCGGUUUCGGGACCAGAAGGAGUUGGACUAACGUUUAUGCCUGGCCGCACGAAGAGGGAGGGUCUUUCUGACAAACCACGUGACUUUCAAAUGCGAAUCAAGAUCUGGGAAGCGCGUCAACUUUACGGUGCCAACACCAACCCAGUUUGUCGGGUAACCGUCCUUCAUAGCACCCGGGUAACCAAAGUGAAGAAAUCAACCAACAAACCAUACUGGGAUGAGCUGUUCUUCUUCCAGUUCAACAUAAGCCCUGUGGAAUUGUUUGAUGAAGCCAUACAAUUCCAGGUUCUCGAUUCUCAUCUUGUUAGGAGCGAUGCCAUGAUUGGCUCAUUCAACUUAGACGUGGGAUCAGUCUAUGACAGCGAAGAACACACUUUCCAGAACAAGUGGUUGCUGCUGACGUCUAUGGAGGAGUCUAAAUCUUCAGGCGCCAAAGGUUAUUUGUUGGUCAGCAUCUCCGUGAUUGGACAAGGAGACGAUUUGCCAAUAUUUAAGAGAGCUGAAGACGAUUUCGACAUAGAGACCAAUCUGAUCCAGCCUGCUGGAGUGGACGUUCGGAGAGGAUGUUUCAAUCUGCAAGUUUUCCAAGCUGAAGAUCUGCCACAGAUGGAUGCAGGUACCUUCGAAGGGAUGAAGAAAGUUCUUCGUGUCGGGGAAGAGAAGAAAGAGUUGGUUGACCCCUACCUUGUCUUCUCAUUCGCCGGGAAGUCGUUGGAGACAGAUGUAAAGUACACAAAUGAUCAUCCUGAAUGGAACCAGGAAUUACGGCUACCAAUACGGUUUCCAUCGAUGUGUGAACGGUUGAAAUUAACAUUAAAGGACUGGGAUCGUUUGUCAACCGAUGACUACAUCGCUACAGGCUUCAUCGAUAUCAAUGAGAUUGGAUCGAGAGGAGAUGACGGAUUUCUUCCUACUUUUGGACCAUGUUGGGUGAAUUUCUACGGUUCUCCUCGCGAAUUCGAUACAUUCAACGAUGACUAUGAGGCUUUGAAUAUGGGAAGGGGGGAAGGCGCGGCCUACAGGGGGCGUGUCCUAGUUUCCUUGUCAACUGAGCUAGGGGAACCGCCUCCUGAAGACAUCGUAAGUAUCAGCUCUCAUGACAUUCAGAGGGUAGAUAAAUACAGACGGCUUCGGAAAUACCACCUCUACGCCGCUUUCAUCAACGCCACCAUGGUCAGCGAGACUGAUCGCUCAGUGGAAUUUGAGGUUAGCAUCGGUAACUAUGGUAACAAACUCGACGAGCGCGUCACACCCCAACCAUCGACCACGCAGCCCACAAACGCCGUGUUCGAUGGUAACCACUACUACUUCCUACCCUGGACGAAGACGAAGCCGUUGAUCGCCAUCAACAGCGAAUGGGAGGACAUCAGCUUCCGCCUCGACACCCUCAACAUCAUUCUGCACAUCAUUGCCAAACUGGAAAAACACAUCGGUCAUGUGAAGACGUGUAUAAAGUCAGGAGCUAGUGAGAGUGAAGUAGCGACGCAUGUCAUCAAGACAAUCGACAAACUCAUCGAAGAUUGUAGGAGACCUUUACCCGAAUUCGGCAACAUGAAGCAGUACGCAAACGCUCUCGACAAUCGGAGAUACGAGCUCAGACGACGAGUGUUGUUCGAGGUCGCUCGACGAGCAACGAUCCUCCGACAGGAAGCCAUUGAGCCGGUGGAAACCGUGGAUGAGCUCGAAGAAUACCUAAUCAUGCUACGAGAAAUCGCAGUCGAGCCUCAGAACAGUCUCCCAGAUGUUGUGAUCUGGAUGAUCUGCGGAUCCAAACGAACGGCGUACAUCCGGGUACCUGCCUACCAAGUCCUUUAUUCUGAUCAGCGAAGGGAUGCAUGUGGGCUGUUCUGCGGAAGAACUUUCAGCUAUUUCCUUAAGUAUCUGAAGGUGAAAGGAAAGGAUGAUAAUCGAUACGCCAUACCAGCGAUGCUGCGGCUCAAGCUUUGGCUAGGACUUGAAUGUCAUAGUGAAAACUUUCGAAAGGGAAUGUCAGAUUCGACUAUCGCUGUCUAUGCAGAAACGUAUGAAAAUCAAGUCAACAUCAUGGGCCAAUGGUCAGACAAGGGACUUCUAGGAAGACCGAAAUACUCAGACUCAACUGGAAAGCUCAACUUGCCGAAGAACAAGUUCAUCAAGCCGCCAGGGUGGGAUUGGGAAGGUUCAUGGUCCGUCAGCCUUGAUGCAAGUCUACUGUACGACGCAGAUGCAGGUUUAGAACAUUUCUUAGAAGAUUGCUUCGAGCAGCAAAUGCGCUACGUCCCCGGGGGUGAAUUUUCGGCAGCCAGUACGCCAUUCACCAAUGUGAAAGGAGAUCCCGUUCUCCCCAAAGAUAAGAUCGAAUGUCCCCAUGGAUGGGAAUGGGAUGAUGCCUGGCAGGUCGAUAUCAACAGAGCUUGCGACGAAGAAGGAUACGAGUAUUGCGUAGAGUCUACUUCUGCUGCUUGGACACCUGCCUGUAAGACGUAUCAUAUGUGCCGCAGGAAGCGAUGGGUUCGACCAAGAUCGCUCAUCAAAGGCUUCAAGGUGGAAGAGGCAAAAGAAGAACACGUUGGAGACGACUGGGAGUACGCACCGAUGUUUAACAUGAGAUUCCAUGCCACUGAAAGGAAGAUGGACCUGGUUAGAAGGAGAAGAUGGCAUCGUAAGAUGGUAGCAAAGACAGAGCAUGCAGCCUCAAUAUUCUCUCUAAAGAGGGCGAUUACAGAUGACAAGCAUGAAAAGCAAGAUCAACCUGUUCCUAGGAUUCUCCUGGAGCCUAAGGAAACACACAAGUAUCAGCUGCGAGCGUACAUGUUCCAGGCACGGAACCUGAUAGCAGCAGACUCGGAUAGCUUCUCAGACCCGUUUGCCUUCGUGAGUCUUUUGUUUCGUAGUCAACGAACUCAUAUCAUCCGACACUCGCUCUCGCCGACAUGGGACCAGACCCUCAUCUUUGAGGAGAUCGUCGUCCAUGGAUCUCCGGGCUUUCUCGCUCGACAUCCCCCAGACGUCGUCGUUGAGAUCUUCGACUACGAUGCCUAUAGGAACGAUGAGUUCUUGGGUCGAGCCAUUGUCAAGCCGCUUGUGAAAGUGGAUCCGUCUGAUCGCCAGGUGUGUCGGCUAGGAUGGCACAGCCUUCAGCGAGGAACAAGACCAGCAGGAGAACUUCUUGCAUCUUUUGAACUCUUUCUUGCGAAGAACCAUUCGGACCUGCCCUUUCUGCCGCCGAUGAAGAAGGACCGUUACGUGGUACCAAGUGGAAUACGACCCGUCAUGCAACGCACUGUUGUUGAGAUUCUUUGCUGGGGGCUCCGAAACAUGGCAAAGUACAUGCAGAUGAGUGUCGACUCACCCAGCGUCGAGUUUGAAAUUGGCGGGAAAGUGGUGGAGUCGGAGGUGAUAUCAAACCUUAAAAAGAGUCCCAACUUCAAAAAUCCUGUUCUCGUAGUUGUUGUGGAUCUUCCCCGGGAGGAACUCUACACGCCACCGAUCAACAUCAAAGUCCGCGACCAUCGUGCGUUUGGUCGAAAGCCUGUGGUAGGGAUUGCUACCAUUAAUGGGCUGGGGAGGUACCGGCGUCUUGACUCCGUAUCAACGGUGCUAUCAGAUGACGAGCCAGACGUCCAAGGACCUCCACUGUUGACUGUUACUGAUACAGCUGAUGAAGGACCUGGUAAAAGAAAUGAAUACACUGUUAUUGAUGUGGAUGAUCAGAAGGACUCCAAAGUCACCUUCAAAGAAGAAGAUCGGAAAACCAGAAGAAAGAAGUUCAGUGUAGGGGGCUUCAGAAAAUUCCAGUGGUGGCAGAAGUCGAAGUCACUAGAUCCGGAAGCCGUGGCUGAGGAAGAGAUCGAUUGGUGGUCGAAAUACUACGCGUCAAAGGGCGACUUUGCAAAGUGUGUUUCCUACAUGGAAAGGGGAUAUGACAUAAUUCAGAUCCUGCCAGGGGAACUGGAAGAUCAGCCAGGCUACCAAGGAUUCUCUGACUUCUUUGAUACCUUCGAGCUCGCUAGAGGAAGGGCAUCAACGGACGGCGAACCCACUAGUAUGGGUGAAUUCAAGGGAUCAUUCAAGAUUUACCCAAUGCCUCAUGAGUUGAAGGAGCCCAUAUCACCCAUGUUCAUCAAGCCAAGUGAACUACCAUCCACUGGACUGGUGGAGGUCCUAGUUCGGGUCUAUGUGGUCAGGGCUUAUCAGCUGUGUCCCCAGGACACCAAUGGACUGUCUGAUCCUUACAUCAUCGUCAGAUUGGGUAAGACUGUUUUGGAUGACGUCAAGAAGUUCAUUCCGAACACACUAGAACCUUUCUUUGGCAGAUUAUUUGAGUUGAAGACAACACUGCCCUUGCACAAGGAUCUACGUAUACAGGUGAUGGAUAAGGAUUUCUUGAGCCGUGAUGAUAUGAUUGGUGAGACUGUGAUCGAUCUCGAGAACCGAUAUCUCUCACGAUACCGCGCAACCUGUGGUCUCCCCGAAACUUAUAACAUCACUGGGCCGAACUUAUGGAGAGACUCAGCAACUCCACGUAAACUUUUGGCCGAGUACUGCAUACGAAAUUCAAUGGCGCCACCGAAGUUUGAGAAUGCAGAACCCCCUACAGUUGUUGAAGUCGGAGGAGAGACAUACAGACUCGCCGAAAUAGAGCGUCACAAGCAGAGGAAUGAGCACUGGGGACCUGCCGACCAGCGGCUAGCAUUAUACGUCCUACACGCACAAGGUUUGGUACGGGAGCAUGUAGAAACUAGGUGUUUAUACAACUCAGCCAUGCCUGACCUACCACAGGGCCAACUCGAGAUGUGGGUGGACAUGUUUCCUACGGACCCAAACAAUCCUGCUGUUGCUCCAGGACCCCCGUUUGAUAUCUCUCCAAGAACCCCAAAGAAGUUUCAAGUUCGUUGUAUCAUAUGGAACACAAUGGACGUUGAUCUGCAAGAGGUCUCACUCACUGGAGAGAGAAUGAGUGACAUUUACAUCAAAGGAUGGUUAGCUGGAGUUGAUGAAAAGCAAGAGACUGAUGUGCAUUACCGGUCACUCAAUGGUGAAGGAAACUUCAAUUGGCGCUUUGUCUUUGACAUGAAUUACAUCCCUCCAGAACGUGUGAUAGUAGUUAAGAGGAAGGAACAUUUCUGGAGCGUGAGUGAGACAGAGACGAGGGUCCCGGCAACAUUAGUUAUCCAGAUCUGGGACAAUGACAAGUUCUCUGCUGAUGACUUCAUAGGGACUCUGGAAUUGGACCUCAAUCGGAUGAUGUCUCCAAUCAAAAAGGUCAAAAGUUGUACAAUCGAUAAGUUACCAGAGGGCGAAGACCCAAGCCCCUACAUGUCCCUCUUUGAGCGCAAGAGGGUGAAAGGGUGGUGGCCCUGUUACAACGUAGAGGGUGAAGAUGGCACAAAGAAGCUUGCGGGUAAAGUUGAAAUGGAACUGGAGAUCUUAGAUGAGAGUGAGAUCAACGACAGACCAACAGGUCAGGGUCGAGAUGAACCAAAUCAGCAUCCUCAUCUUGAUGAACCAAAUCGGCCCGAGACAUCAUUCCUGUGGUUCACAUCUCCGUGGAAAUCAAUUCGCUUCGUCAUCUGGAAAAAUUUUAAAUGGCGUAUCUUAAUCGGUCUGCUCAUUGUCCUUCUCGUCAUCUUUUUCAUCCUCUUUAUCUACAACGUCCCAAGUGCCGCCGUCCAGAGUGUGUUCAGCAGCUGAUUCAACAACAAAUGCAAUCAUUUUUAUUUGGUGUUCAGCGGUCAAAUGAACGGUUUCGUUCAAUGAAUGAAUGAUUGUAAUUUGUGUUUAUCCACAAUAUUAUAAGCACCUCAAUCAAUAUUGUGUUCAGCGCGUUUGAUUUUACCACCGUGAUAGUGCAAUCAUUUUGAUUCCGUUUUUGGAGGCCAAUGAAUGAUGAAUUCAACGAAUGAUUAUAUUAGUCAGUGUUGUGACUUUAUAUCGUCAAUAUCCCAAGUGCCUCUAUAAACCAAUCACGAGUGAAAUAUGAAUGCAUUGAUUGAGUGCUCAACAUGAAAUGUGACUUAUCCAACUACAAGUGCAAUAUGAACCAUCUUGAUUGUUAGUUCGAAAGACAAAAUGAACAAAUAUGAUUGUAUGUGUCUGUUCAAAUAUGAUUGUAUUUGUUUCAUCAACGUAUGUGAUUGUAUUCUGCGGAUUUUCAACUGGAAAGUGAAUGAUGUGUUCAACGUUUGAUUGCAUUUUUGCGUAUUCAACAUGCAAUCUGUAUUUCCGAUAUUCACAAUCGGGCAAACGAGCGAGGUGUUCAUAGCAUUUAUAUGUGAAUGUUCGACAUUGAUUGUAUAUGUGUGCUCAACAUAUGAUUUCCACCAUUUUCAUCAUGUUUGUCAACAUUCAUAUUUGAUUGUAUUUAUGCGUGACAACACUAGCUCAUAUAACAGAGUGCUCAUUUGAUGGAUUGCAUUUCAAAUUAUAAAUUUGAUCAUGCCAUUGGCUGGCAAUGAAAGAGUCAGACUAGAAUUUUUUUUUUGAUCGUUCACAUUUGGUGAUGUUCUGUUUUUAUUGCUUGUGUUCAUUUGCAUUGGUCUGUUAAUCUGUUGAACAAAAAUUUCUGAUGCUGAUUUUUUUUUCUUUUUCGAAGUAGUUCAUGAGUUGAUUGCCUACUUGAAUUCUUCCACUCAGGAUUGUCUACUGUUGUUUUUAUUUGUGUAUGAACAUUUGCAACUAAAAUAACAGCUCUCUCAAUAAAAAUCAAGGCACUUUUGUUUAGCAUUUCUAAAUUUUGUCGAUGAAUUUCAUCUGCUAAAAAAUAUCUAAUUUUCAUCUGAAUGUGCUUGAUUCAUUGCAUUUACAUUAUAUUUUUCCUUGAUUGAAACGUAAUGAAAAUUUGCUUUGAAUGAAAUGAAAUCGUGAACACGAUUAAGGCAUUCAGAUAAUAUAAAAAAUUAUUUUGCAAGAAUUUAUUUUAUUCCGGCAUUUGAAAAUGUUAUUGAAAUGUCACAUUGAUAUAUUUAUUGAUUAACGUAGGGAUAUUCAUUUGAAACAGGUGCCAUUGCCAAGUCAAACUGUGUAUUGUAAGCAUGAAUCUUGAAAUUAGUGUGGAGGGUCUUUCUCUAUGUUAAAUCUAAUUGUUUUUUUAAAUACAUUUCUGGCCGUUUCCAUACGUUUUCGUACGGACGACAUUUCAUUCACUCGUUUGAAAUAUGCAAAGUGCAUGAUGUGAAGAUUCAAAUUAGUAUUUCAUGGGGUUUUGAAGCUUUAGUUGGUUAUAUAAAACGAGAAGUAUGACUAGUUUUGGAAAAAUU